AUGGCUGCAGACGCGGGUACUGCUGCCGAUCAGAAUGGCGCGACAAGCUUGGGCAAAGAAGCUGCAACUUCAAACUCAUCUGCUGUGGAGGAGGUCAGGAACGAUUCUGUCGAGGAAACCGCUGAACAAAACGACAAGCCCAAAGAUAACUCCGGCGAAGGCAAAACGUCUGACACUUCGAAAGAUGAGAAUACCAACCAAGACAAUACAAGGCAAGAUGAGUUGAAAGUGAAAAAGGAAGAGUCCGAAACGACACCAACAGAGAAGCCUACCAAGACUCCCGCACCAGCCAGUAAUACUGUGUCGGAGAAGGAAGCUGAGAAGCCAACGCCAAAGCCCAUGCAGGCAUUCUCACGCGUUGUUCCGAAGCUGCGAGAAUGCUUUUCUUGGGACGAGUUCAAAAAUCAUCAAACAGAGGAGCACAACCACGCGAUCGAGACGCUUGUCGCCGGCGAUUCCCUCAAGGCGGAAAUUGAAGAAUCGGCUCUUCUCUAUGAAGGUCUUCAAGACUAUCAGUAUAUGGGCGGCUGGGGAGGUGGACUUCGCCGAGGCUUUGGACGGCGGAAUCCUCAGCACAAGACUGUUACCGAUGAUGGAGACGAGGUUGGGUUGCAACGAGUCAGAAUCAACUCAAGGGCAGUCAUGAUGUAUCUCGGUCGUCAAAGCCCAGCUGGGAAGAAAUGGAAUGGCCGGCCUCAUGUUUUUCGUCGGCCUUUCCGUUACUUCAUACACUUUCAUGACGAGAUGAAACAGGCAUUGGCUGAGCUGGAAGAAUCGGCUUCGAAUACCGAUGGAAAGCCUGCUGACGGCCAGCCGGCUGAAGAUCUAAGCCCUGAAAAGGGCAAUGAUAAAUCUGAAGGGGAUACGCUCGGAAUCGACUCCCUCUUCAACGAUACCGAUACCCUGGCCGAGAUGAGACUUUAUGUAAAGUUUAUCGACGAGCAGGUGAUGCCUGAAUACCUGCGCUUCCAGGACGAAGAUAUGAGCACUGCUCCUACGAAGAUCCGAUGGGACAUGCUCUGGUACCUCUUCAAACCGGGAGACCUGGUCUACGUGCCUAAUCUGAACAGUGGAGUUCGAGCACGAAUUCCAACGGGCUGGGAUGGCGUGUUCCAGCGCCUUCAAGGAGGGUUUGGAGAUGGCCCGAUGGAGUCAACAUCAUCGUCGUCAAACCACAAUACGAGAGGAUCCCAUACCGACCAGAUGGUGUGGAGGAUCUAUCGAGCUCCAUUUAAGCAGUUGAUUAUUGAUGGAUGUUCCUGCGACACCUGCAUGAAAAUGGAGUCCACUUGGUCCAUAUCUUGUUACCACAUCGAUUAUGAUGGCCAAAACUACCGUGCAGUCGGACGUACAAUUGAGAUCCCCUCUUUCGAAGGCGAGCGUGAGAUCACUCAGCUGGCCUGCUAUCCUAUGAGAUAUGUCCAGCAGAAGGACGAAAUAAUGGAGAGGGGUAGACAAUACGGAAGCAAGUUCAUUCAGCAUAUUGAUCCGGCAAAGAGAUACAGCUUCUACCGGGGCUGGACACUUAUCAAGACACCUCUUGGCCAAUCUGUUGAGGACAAGAAUGGAAGAAUAAUGACAAGCCCAGAGCACAUUGAAAGCGAGAUUCUGGUCGAUUUUGAAGAGGCCUUUAAUACAGAUCCUUCCUGGAAACCCGAUAUUCUGGCAGUCGACCCGACCACUUACAGAGUUGUAAUUUCGGUUGACAAUCAGAGCCCCUUGCAGGAAUGGCACGACAGUAAGCGCACAAACCUCAAGGACGCAUGGGAGGACAAGGUCAUUACCGAUGACGGUGUCGAUAUUCUCCAGAUGAACAAGUUUAUCGAGACAGAUUUGUUGCUGAGAAAGAAGAAGGACAAUGAUAAUGAGAUUGGCGAACUCGAAGGUGACAACCUUGCGCUUUUGCCUAGGCGACUCUGUGCAUAUGCCCUUUGGGAGCGCAAAUUUGUGCAAGUUGAUGUUCGCGAUGUGUCGUUUCCUGAGCUCAAAGACAAGGACAGAGCUUUCGAUAGCCUUCAGAUUUCCACGGAGCACAAGACUCUCAUUCAAUCUCUGGUCUACUCUCAUUUCAAGAAGAGAGUGAAUGAAAGCAGCGUCGAGAUUGCAACACAGGAUCUUAUCCGUGGCAAGGGCAAGGGCAUUGUGAUUCUGCUCUUUGGCGUGCCGGGAGUCGGUAAAACUGCUACUGCUGAAGCGGUCGCUCAGAAAUUUGAGAAGCCUCUGUUCCCCAUCACAUGCGGAGACUUGGGAUUUACUCCCGAGAGUGUGGAGAGUUCUUUGAGCGAGAUAUUUCGCUUGGCUCACCUGUGGGAUUGUGUUCUUUUGCUGGACGAGGCAGAUGUCUUUAUUACACAGAGAGACAGAAAAGACUUGGAAAGAAAUGCUCUUGUUUCCGUCUUUUUACGCAUGCUCGAAUACUACAAUGGUAUUUUGUUCCUCACCACCAAUCGACCCGGUGUUCUUGAUGAGGCAGUCAAAUCUCGAGUGCACCUCAAUCUUCACUACAACUUCCUCACUGAGGAGCAAGUCGUUGCCAUAUUCAAGUUGAACAUUGUGCGACUCAAAGAGAUUGAAGAGCAAGCUGACAAGGCACCGAGGCACAACAAAUUAUACAUCGAUGAGGCGGACAUCAUUAAUUUCGCCAGCGAACACUGGAGAAACCACACGGAUGGCAUUGGACGGUGGAAUGGACGACAGAUUCGUAACGCAUUUCUCAUUGCUGCGUCGCUGGCUCAUUAUGAGGGAGACAUGGGCGAGCGACCAGAAGGACUGCAAAAGCAACUCACCUCAAAGCACUUCAAGAAGGUUGAAGAAACUACCAGGCGCUACGAUGAGUAUCGCGUGGCUUGUCUUGGAGACACUGAUAGCUAUCUUGCGCACGACCGAUAUGAGAGAGACGAUGACUGGAAUCCUCUUGCAAGAGCAGGGGCAGCCAAUGCCUAUAUGGCUCAUAGCCACCCUCAGGCCCCAGGAUACCUACCCAGGGCGGGAAGUUUCCCGUGGCAACGGCCAGUACAGGCUCCAGUUAACAUGAACCCAAACUCAACGCAAAGGCAAGGAGCAGAAGGAUGGUCAAAUAACGCGGCCGCACGCCCGCCCGUCCCUGGGUAUCAGCCACCAGCGCAACAACAAGCCCAGGGACAUCCUCCACCGCACCAGUUCUCGCAACACCCAGCGCACUUGGCAGGCAAUACCCCUAGCAGCUCUGGUAGUCCAAACUAUAAUACUCAAGCACCUUACGGUUCAUCUGCAGGAGGCCCCAGUGGACCACAAGGCUAUGACAUGGGAGGGAAUCCGCAAAUGAAAGCCGGAGGAGAGCAAGGACUGGGCGAUGAGUGGAACGGGGGAGCUCCGCAACGUUGGAAGCAGAACCAGAAUGGAUUCAGCCACUAUUGA